AUGUCUUCCAAUGUGAACGCUCUCAACGAUAAUGGCGACUCGGUGAUGGUGACGAUGAGCAAAUGGCCAUCCGUUCAAUUUGGUCAUCGCUACAACAUUUUCCAUUUUCUCUCCAUUUUUCUUCCGGGUCUCGUCAUUUUCGGAGUUUUUGUCUUCGGAGAGCUCAUUUUCAUCAAUAACCUCAUUCUCUACAAUAAUUUCUACAGUUAUGCCAUGAGUUUUUACCUCAAAUGGUGCGUUCGUUUUGUCGAGUUGCAAGUGACAAUCAAUUUGAUCGCUUUUCGCGCUUUGAACUACAAGGAUCACAUCGAGUAUCAAUUGAAUCGGCUCGACAUCUCUGAAGUGAAACUUCGAAAGCUUGCUGUACAAAAGAUUAUGCACAGCGGUGAACACUUGUACGCAAAUAAGCGAUGCCUUAUUUGCGAUCGGUGCGUUUGGAUUUUGUUACUUUACGGAUACCGA